AACACAAACACAAACACACAAACACAAUGUAUUGUUGUUUCUGCUGCUGGACCAGAGAGAACUUUGCAAAGUGUAAAAGAGCCACUGAAUCACUGCUGACACAUUCAACACCUCAACAUCUGAAGCACAUGCAGUUAUUUGUGGAUCUUACACGCACACACACACACAUUCACACACUUUCUCCUGGUUAGUUCCUGAAGAAACAAGUCUUAAAUGAUGUAGUUAUUAAACAACUUGUCACUGAAACUGGAGGCGACGCCAGUAUUAGUCCUUUUCCUUCAUUUAUUAAAUGUAUAGUGUUUCUGUCAUGAGAAUAAAUUAAAAGGAAAAAGUUGCAAGUAACAUCCAUUAUGUGCACCCCCAUCAAACACAAUUACGCACCUUCUUCCUGAUGAAAAAUUCAUUUCUCAAGUGCUCUUAUGUAAAUGUUUAGCAGGCACAAUAAUAGUGUUUGACCUUAUUUGAAAUGGAAUGUGUUAAUGUGUGUGUGUACGCACACAUUAACGCACAUGAUUCAGCACUGUGGACAGCUCCAAUGUGAAAAAACACUGACGUCACACACAAAUGUUUAUGGCAAACAAAUUCAGAUGGAUGGAAAUAUAAAAAAAUAUUCAAAAGUUUAUCAUGUCAGGAUAUGCAAAAUCCUAUGAUGGUAGGAAAGUGCUGCAAACGUCUUUGACCUUAAGUGAGAGAGGGGAAGGGGGGGGGGGAGCCCCCCCCACUCCCGCCGCACGCCCCCACGAGGGCCCCUGUGGGACUUGCCUCCCCCUGCCCCACAAAAGUGCUCCACGACCUUCUCGUGUGUCCGCACUUCCUUCCCUUGAGGACCACGUCUCCCACAUCCGAGCCGCGGACCGGGCGAUGACGUCACAGGCUGCGUGGAUAAAAAGCUACGUGCUGGCCGCCCUGCGCGCACAUGCCCACGGACACUUCACCGCUGAGCUUUCGCGCACGUUCACCUGCGGCAACCAUGAAAUCAGCGUCGCUGCUUCUGCUCCUCUUCUCCUCGGUGCUACUCCCUCCCGCCGCCAGCAGAGGGCGCCCCCUCCAUGACAACAGCCUCCAGCCAGGCCAGGUGCUUCUCAGGGCAGCUUCAGCCGGGGACAGCACUGCCGCCCGCCUGCUGGGCUUCAGCAUCCACAAACCUUUUCUCAGGAAGGAGGAUUAUGAUGGUAAUGAUGUUGAAGCGGAGGAAGGGCAGCUUCAGAAGCGCAACGAGGACGCGCCAAUCUCCAUCGACUUGACCUUUCACCUCCUGAGGAACAUGAUCCACUUGGCCCGGACGGAGAAGCAGAGGCAGAGGGCUCAGUUCAACCGCAAAGUGCUGGACGAGGUCGGCAAGUAACAGUCAUCACGCCGUCACCGUCUUCCUCUUUUACGCACGCUCACUUCCUCUUAACGUAAAUAUUGUACAUAACAUGAAUAUUAGAGAUGGAAAUGUGAAGGUUUAUGUCACAUGAUGAAUGUCUGUUGAAAUGAUUAAAGCAGUUUUCACAAUGCAAAAUUUGAACAACAUGUUUUUUUCCUCACUCAAGUGUAGCUGUAUUGACAAUCAAUGACAAGAUCGACAUGUGCGCUUACUACAGUUUUGUCUUUUCAAAUGAACCA